AUGUUCUUGUUUACAUCGAUACAAUUCGUAUUUUUAAAUUGUUUCUAUCUAGAAGAGGGGUCAAAUAAAGGGAUGAAUGACGAGUUUGCUAAUACUGAAGAACUAGAAAAACAGAGAGUGCAUGAUGAACAGGGUCGAAUAACUAAUAGUCAUAAAGAGGCUGACAAACAGAAUCUCGAAUGUAAAGGGAACAAGAGUGAUAGUGACGAAGACAUUUCCAAAGCUGGAAAUGAAUCUAAUGCAGGCUCUGACGCUGAGGGUGUUACUCGCGUGAUACAAAUGGAGAAUCCAAAUAGAAAGAAAUUAAAAUUAUUGCAAAGGUUAUCUUCGCUCAAUGCAUUUUUUGCAGAUACUUCUGAACCCGUUUCAUUAUUUAAACAUGAAAGAGAACAAAUAGAAAAAGAUCAACAACAGCAGAAUUAUCAAAAUUUGCAUGCCCAAGGUGAUACAGGACAGGCACAAUCAGAUUUAGCUACCAAUGUAGCUGAUAAAGCUAUUAGAACAACAGAAGAAAAUGAGAAGAGUGAAGAAGAAAUGGUUAUGGUUAAGGCACUACCCAAAUUACAAGAUGACUCUGGAAAAUAA